CGCGGCGCAGUGCGAGGAGAGCAACGCUGACUCGAAACACGGGGCCGUGAAAACCACUAGCGAUGACGCGCCGUCAUAAACUGUGCCGUGUUGUCACCAGAUGUUGCUUAGAAGCCCGAGGAAAAGUGUGUCGACUGAUGGUGCGCGUGUAGCAGCCGUGCCGCGCCGCGCCGAGCCGAGCCGCGCCGCAGCUAGCAGCUAGCAGCACGUUGGGAGCUGAGACCCUCCACGGUGGCCGUUCGACUACACCGGAGCCUCGCCGGUCUCCCGGUGACACUCAGUUACACAACUGAAGGCAUCUUUGGGGCGAAAACUCUGAUCGCGGACUAGAGGUCGGAGUUGAAGCCAUUUUCUCAGCACAGCAGGACCCCGCUCGGUCCGUUCGUGGUGGUGGUUGUUGUAGGUCGAGGCCCUGGAGCGGCGCCGCCAUCGAGAUGAACGUGGGCACGGCGCACAGCGAGGUGAACCCCAACACGCGGGUGAUGAACAGCAGGGGAAUGUGGCUGUCGUACGUCCUGGGCAUCGGCCUCCUGCACAUCAUCCUGCUCAGCAUUCCCUUCGUCAGCGUGCCUGUGGUCUGGACCCUCACCAACCUCAUCCACAACCUGUGCAUGUACCUCCUACUCCACACAGUCAAAGGGACGCCCUUCGAGACCCCCGAUCAGGGCAAGGCCCGUCUUCUGACCCACUGGGAGCAGAUGGACUACGGAGUCCAGUUCACUGCUUCACGCAAGUUCCUCACCAUCACACCCAUUGUCCUGUACAUCCUCACCAGCUUCUACACUAAAUACGACCGGGUCCAUUUUGUGGUCAACACCGUGUCCUUGCUCACUGUACUCAUCCCCAAGCUGCCGCAGCUGCACGGCGUGAGGAUCUUUGGGAUAAAUAAGUACUGACGGGGCAGAAGAGGACACCUUCUUUCCUGAGUCCCCGGGGACGACUGAGAGCGAGUAUCAGGCCUCUGAUUUGGCUCUCGAUCCAUCAGGAUCCGUGGCUCCUUGGCUGCGGCUCCGCUGCGCAGCUCUCUAAAUGAAGCCUGCUGGGGAUACUGCCAUGUUACCAAACCCCAGGAUAGAGACGCAACGCUCUGUAGAGAGAGGACAAAGGGAAUGUGGCCUGUUGUGAUCGUCUUUUACAGAGAUGUUUAAAAGGCUCACAGGGAGAGACAGUCCAUUGCUUCUAGUGGGUGAUGUGGAGGUGGACUGAGGCCGUAGACUUUCUGUGUAUGUAAUGAUGCAGCGCUGUAUUUAUUCAGCUUCGGGCUCUUGCCCGACUUCCUCUUCUUGAGGUUUCUAGGGUCAGAGGACAGUCACUCUGCUGUUAAUGUUAUAUGUGAGCCGCUACAGAGGAGAGACCACACGCUUUUAUAUUUAGCCCUCUCUGCUCCAAUCAGCACCAUAAGUGGGUGUUUCUAGGCCCUGCUCCCUUUCUGGGCUCUUAACAUGUGUGCAGAACGUACGCGUAGUUCAGAGAUGCACAUUUCUGCCUUUACUUACUCGUAGCACCAAGUACAUGAGCACAGGCCUCUUUAGGGAAACAGUUAGUUUAUUAGCAGUAUGUGGUACGUUGGAGUAAAUCGGUUUGUGCUAAAUGCUGUUUGGAUUAGUCUGUUACUAAGCAGCAGGUGAAGCUGGGCUCAUGCAUGAGAACGGAGACGCGCCGCCAGUGGGAACAGCAUUAACGCGUAGGAAGAGAGUCAGAGGCGACUUUGAUUCAUCAAAGUGCAAUUUAUCUUUGUUAUUUCACAUUAGUGACUGUGAUUCACGUCUUUCAGAAGAUGAUGGAGAAACGCAUGAAUCCAAUAUAAAAGUCAAAGAAUAUGUUUCAUUUGAAGAGAGUGAGUAAUAAUCGCUGAGGUGAUAUCAAACAAUUUCUAUUUAACAUGUUAUAAUGGACCUGUUGUUUCCACUCUGUUUUACUGUAGCAUAGAAGGAAAGAAAGGUCCAGCUUUUAAACUAGGUUUGUUUUGUUUGUUUGCUUCCUUGUUUGUUUAUUUGCUUGUUUGUUUGUUCAUUUGUUUGUCCUGUUUGUUUGUUUGUUCAUUUGCUUGUUUGUUCAUUUGUUUGUUCGUCCAUUUGUUUGUUUGUUCAUUUGUUUGUUUGUUUGUUCAUUUGUUUGUUUGUUUGUUCAUUUGCUUGUUUGUUUGUUCAUUUGUUUGUUUGUUUGUUUGUUCAUUUGCUUGUUUGUUUGUUCAUUUGUUUGUUCGUUUGCUUGUUUGUUCCUUUUUUUUUUCAUUUGCUUGUUUGUUUGUUUGUUUGUUCAUUUACCUUGUCAUCGUUACUUAAGCCGCUCCCUUGGUUUCAUCGUGGGGGUUUUCAUACAGUAAAGGGCUUCCUGGAGGACGAGCUGAACGACGCCGUAGCACAAAGUGACCGCGUUAUUAAUAGACUGCUGAAGACAUGAACGAUGAUGAACUGAAUGUAGAUUUGAUGUGAAACUGCUCAAGGCUUCGCUUUGUUGAUAACCGGCCUUUGUUGGAGCCGGUAACAGUAUUCCUGAGUUUCAUCUUCUGUGACACAUGAUGGGAGCCGGUUAAGGGAUUUGAAACCUGUGCAUUUCAGGAAGCUUACUGAGGUCGAGCAUUAAACCUGCGCUGUGAUUUAAAGAUCAAGCGGAUCACCGUGAUCCAGCGUUCAGGACAACGCUGUGUUCUGUCUCCACUCAUGGACGCGUCAGGUUUGGACUUGUCUCCUUUCAUUUGAGCUGACUGCAAAGACUGAAUGACUUUUUUAAAAAGUGUCUCUAAACAGUCGCGUCUUUAUUGAAGCAGAUUUUAUUACUUGCAGUGUUGUUUGCACAGAAACGAUGAAAUGUAACUAAUAAAUGAAUAAUUUUCAUUCUCA